AUGUGGAAUACCAUCAUCAGAGGCUACUCCAUAAGCGACUCACCCAUCAGUGCCAUCGCUCUCUACAAAGACAUGUUUCUCUGUGGCAUUUCACCGAACAGCUACACCUUUGGGUUUGUUCUCAACGCAUGUUGUAAGCUAUUGAGACUUUGCGAGGGCCAAGAACUUCAUUCACAAAUUGUAAAAGCGGGUUUGGAUUUUGAGACUCCACUCCUAAACGGAUUGAUCAAACUGUAUGCCGCUUGUGGGUGUAUGGACUAUGCAUGCGUGAUGUUCGAUGAAAUGCCUGAGCCAGAUAGUGCUUCUUGGAGCACCAUGGUUUCCGGGUAUUCUCAAAAUGGGCAGGCAGUGGAGACCUUGAAGUUGUUACGAGAAAUGCAAGCGGAGAAUGUGAGCAGUGAUGCAUUCACUUUGGCUAGUGUUGUAGGGGUGUGUGGUGAUUUGGGUGUUCUAGACUUAGGCAAGUGGGUUCACUCUUACAUAGACAAAGAGGGUGUCAAAAUUGAUGUUGUGUUGGGCACUGCCCUUGUGGGCAUGUACUCAAAGUGUGGGAGUUUGGAUAAUGCUCUCAAAGUCUUUCAAGGGAUGGCUGAAAGAGAUGUGACGACAUGGUCCAUCAUGAUUGCAGGGUAUGCAAUACAUGGGCACGAUGAGAAAGCUCUGCAAUUGUUUGAUGCCAUGAAAAGAUCAAAGAUAAUCCCCAAUUGUGUCACUUUCACUAGUGUUUUAUCUGCAUACAGCCACUCUGGAUUGGUUGAAAAGGGUCAUCAAAUUUUCGAGACCAUGUGGACUGAAUACAAAAUUACUCCCCAAAUAAAGCAUUAUGGUUGCAUGGUUGAUCUAUUUUGUCGAGCAGGGAUGGUGGGUCAUGCCCACAAAUUCAUCCAAACAAUGCCCAUUGAGCCUAACGUUGUUCUUUGGCGAACACUGCUUGGUGCCUGCAAGACACAUGGAUAUAAAGGCCUUGGAGAGCACAUAAGUAGAAAAAUCCUCAAGCUAGAUCCAAGCAGCCCUGAGAAUUAUGUGUUUGUGUCCAAUGUGUAUGCUUCUCUAGGCAGAUGGUCAAGCGUUUGCCAAGUUAGGAGCCUAAUGAAAGAGAAGGCACCCAAAAAACAACAUGGGUGGAGCUCCAUAGAGAUAAAUUUCAUGGUCCACAAGUUCAUCAUGGGAGAAUGA